AUUCGAUUCUCUUCUUCUCUUCUUCUCUCUUCACGAAACUUCUCAAACAUUCAUAUCGAUUCUUCCAAAAACAUCAACCUCGUAUCCAUUAUAAAUUAUUCUCAUCCAUCUUUCUUCCAUUAAUAUAACAGCAACUGAGCAAGAUCUUGAUUCUCUCAAAUAUCAGAAACCAGAAACAGUUUUCAUAUUGAUAUUAACAAAAAUCAUGCAUUUUAACAACAACAGGACAGCGACACCUUUUUCCUUGUACAAAACCAAAUACGGUGCUCCUCGUUACAACAAGACACCGUCAAAGGUGGUCUCGAUUCCGGUUCAUUUCGUUGGGUCUGAGAGUAACAGAAACGAUUUAGCCACCAAGAUUCAGAGGGUUGCAAGAGGGUAUCUUGUGAGAAAGAGUGUGAAGAAGAUGUUGAAGCUAAAGGUGGAGAUGGAGGAGAUUGAGAAGAAGGUGAAUGAUGAAGAAACGGUGAUGAUGAUGAAGAAGGAGCAAAAAGAGAGGAUAAGGAUGGGUGAAACCAUCAUGAAUUUGCUUCUUAGGUUGGAUUCUGUUAGAGUGUUCAAUUGUUGUGCUCUUAGGGACUUGAGAAAGUUGCUUAUUAAAAGGGCCAUUUUUCUUCAAGAAUUUGUUGAUAAAACUCAAACAGUGGGUCCCACAGAUGGGGUUGAAGAUGUUGAGGGUAAGUGUGAUGGAGUUAAAGAAAAUUGUUUGGAGAAGGAAGAAGUUCAGGGUGAGGUGGAGAAUGAAGGAGGUGAAAAAAUGGAAUCUUUGGUGGAUGAAGAGAAAAAUGUGGAUGAAGAGAGUGUUGGAUCAAGUUUGGUGGAGCAAGAAAUUGAGGAGGAUAGUGUGAAUGUGAAAGAAGAUGAGGAUAGAAAUGUAAUUAGUUGUGAGGAGGAAGAGAAUAGGGAAAUUUUGAAAAGGAUGAUGGAUGAUAAUGAGAAGAUGAUGAAUAUGAUGACACAACUGUUUGAGAAGAAUGAGAAACAAACAUCACUUCUCACAUCUCUCACACAAAGAGUGGAGCAGCUUGAGAGAGCAUUCACUUGUGACAAGUUGAAGAAGAAGAAUAAGAGGAGGAGACAUUUUGAUGCCAAACAUAAAUAUCAAUAAUGCCAAACAUAAUGGCUUUUGCUUUGGUUUCUUUUUGUAUUAUUCUUUUGUGCUGAAUUUUGUUGUCUCAUUUAGGUGUUUAUUGUGAUCAAUGUAACUCUACUAAAUUCAAUGAAGUGCCUAUCAAUUUCCUUAUUAA